AUGGCCGCGGCCGCUGCAUCUUCGUCGCCUCCGGCCGCCAUCACCUGCCGUGCUGCGGUGGCGUGGGGGCCGGGCCAGCCGCUGGUGAUGGAGGAGGUGGAGGUCGCCCCGCCGGGGCCCAUGGAGAUCCGCGUCAAGGUCGUCUCCACCUCCGUCUGCCGCAGCGACGUCACUGCCUGGCAAUCCAAGGCGCAACCUGAUCUGUUCCCCAGAGUCUUCGGCCACGAGGCAUCCGGAGUAGUAGAGAGUGUCGGUGAAGGUGUGACCGAGUUCCAAGUCGGAGACCACGUUCUCACUGUCUUCAUUGGGGAAUGCAAGAGCUGCAAGCAUUGUGUCUCGGGGAAGAGCAACAUGUGCCAGAAGCUCGGUUUGGAGAGGAAGGGUGUCAUGCACAGCGAUCAGAAGACCCGCUUCUCUGCCAAGGGGAAACCUGUGUACCAUUACUGUGCAGUGUCAAGCUUCAGCGAGUACACGGUUGUCCAUUCCGGAUGUGCGGUGAAGGUUGGCCUGACUGUGCCAAUGGACAGGGUGUGCCUGCUGAGCUGCGGUGUGUCUGCAGGACUCGGUGCAGUCUGGAACGUAGCUAAUGUAUCAAAGGGCUCAAGUGUAGCUAUAUUUGGUCUUGGGACCGUAGGACUUUCUGUCGCUCAAGGUGCUAAGCUUCGGGGGGCGUCAAAGAUUAUAGGAGUUGAUACUAAUUCUGAGAAGCAAGAAAAGGGGAAAUCAUUUGGUGUAACAGAUUUUAUUAACCCAGAUGAAUUGACUGAACCUGUUCAACAGGUAAUCAAAAGGAUUACUGAUGGAGGGGUGGAUUACUCUUUUGAAUGUGUGGGUGAUACUGGAGUAGUAUCCACUGCACUUCAAUCAUGUUCUGAUGGCUGGGGAGUAACUGUAACUCUUGGUGUACCAAAAACAAAGCCAGAAGUAUCUGCUCAUUAUGCAUUUCUUCUAUCCGGAAGAACACUGAAGGGAUCUUUGUUUGGAGGAUGGAGACCUAAAUCUGAUCUACCUUCAUUGGUGGAUAAAUAUGCAGACAAGGAAAUCCAAGUUGAUGGCCUAGUCACGCAUGAUAUACCAUUCAGUGAAAUCAACAAAGCGCUUGAGCUGAUGCUAGAAAACAAGUGCUUGAGAUGUGUGAUUCACAUGCCACAGUAA